AUGACCUGUCCUUUAAUGAAAUGGGGGAGGGCAUGGGAUCCCAUUCUCACUUGUUCCUUUUACAUUGUAUCUGGUCUCAGGUCUCAACAAGGUGCCCUUCAUGGGUGCUUUCUCCCAAUGGAAAUGUACAGAAAAAAGCUUUUUGCUUUUGGUCUUACAUGUAAAAGACAUUUGGGACAUGAUUAUUGUGUAGUCACAAAAAAGUUGAAACUAUUGUUUAUGGGUUUUCAUGUGGGUUCUCUCAUUUUUCACAUAAUAAUGAUUGUGGCAAAGAAUAAUAUCCCAAGAAAAAGAAAGGCAAGAUCCAACACUCGACAUGGGUUUAAUGAUCCAGCUCUUGGGGUAACCAAUUUGGAGAUUUUGCCCUCUGCAAACACCUCUUCAAUUCUUUACAAAGUGAUGGGUGUUACAAAGGGAAAGCUUCUGGAGCGGUUAAAGGAGCUUCAAGUUAAUUUUUCCCUGUAUAAGCAUCCAGUUAUUUUGACAGUUGAGGAAGGGGACAGGAAACAACGGUUUUAUCUUGUUUCUGCUUUAAAGAACACCAAAGUAAAUAUAAAAGUGUUAUCUCAGCGGCUUAGUUUAGGAAAAGGAGGUCUAAGAAUGGCACCUUCAGAGGCUUUAAGUGUUCAGGUGCCCUUGGGUUGUGUCACUCCUUUUGCAGUAGUGAAUGAAUCGGCACGGUAUGUAUACAUCAUCAUCAGUCCAAUCCUCUACAUGCUUGCAGCUAUAAACUCUAAUGAUCUUGACACAUUUCUCAAGCCAAUAGGAAGGGACCCCUCAUAUGUUGAUUUCGAGGCCAGUCCUCUAGUGGGGAAAGAUUAUCCACCUGAUCUAGCUGCUCUAGUUCCAUCAGGCUCAAUAAAUUUGCCUGACCAACCAGCAAAGCAACCUUCAUCACAAGUUCCCACAGACACAAACCAUGGUUCCGGGGAUAAUGAAUCCAAGAUGAUUUCAGUAAAAGCUGUCAAGUCAUAUGUUAAUGGGAAAAAUACAACGGUGAAACCGGUCAAGAAAGCUCAAUCAUCAGGCAACUUUGCUGAUGUUGAACUAUUUGUUGAAGAAACACUACAUAAAACAUCAAGACUAUUGAUUGCUCAGAUCAAGGAAAACACUACUAUAAAGCAACAUGGAGAGAAUCUGGGCGCUGUGAUGGGUGACAAUCUACGGAAAGGUCUGAUCUCAGAUUUGGCUAAUCUUGCUAGUACAUUUAAGAACACUGCAUACGCAGAAGGGUUCCAUACUGGUUCUCACUAUCAACCUAGAUGCUUGUGA